AUGGACAAACGAGUCCUCUUCACUAUUUUGGUAUUCAUUGUCAGCAACAUUUUGCUGAUGUUGGUGUUCCUCCCACCAGUUGUGUUUGUACACACACCUGCCGUGAAGAUGUUAGUGCCAGACUUUACAAAGAACAUUACACUAUUUUCAAAUGAUAAUGUCGGUCUCCGCGACACGCAAACAAUUUCGCGCACAAUACACAAAGCACUUGCUGUCUUAACAGCAGCGAAAGAGAAAUUUGUAUUUUACUUCACAUUAUACUUUGCGACAGUUAUGUACCAUAUCACUGACGAUGGGAUGGCCAAUGUACUAGAUUUGGUGCAGACUGAAUUGUAUAAGGAAAAUCCAAUUUUUGCAUUUGUCCUCUCAGUAUCCUCAAUCGUGUUGGGGCACUUUGCUGUGUACGCUGUGCUCUUCUAUUUCUUCGAGUUGGUGAGUUUAAAGUUUAAAAAACUUGACGAUAUCCGAAGAUUUUGUGCAAAGUUUGGCUGGUAUAUGUCUGCGUUGCAACUAUUUGAUACAUUCAUCCCGUUGUUACCAAUAAGGGUUCUCUUUUUCAUAUUCUCUGUCGUCGGUGUACAAGUCGAAAAUUUUUUGUUCGCACUUCUUCUGAGUUGCCUACCCGAUGCCUAUGUUAAAAUCACAUACGGUCUCAAUUUACUUAACCUCGAUGAGUUUCACUUUGUCGCCGAUGGAAUGUAUCUAGCAGUCGUGUUAUUUGCGAUUGGGACGUGUUUAUUUGUGUGUGUCAUAUUCAGUGUGUACUUGUUCAAAACGGAAGAGGCCACAAAACCGCAGAUAUAUUCCCAAGACAAGACCGAACACAAAGAAAAAGCUAAGUCAGAGUAA